AUGCACUACUCCGGUCUAUUCGGUAUGCUUCGCCUAUUGCUGAGCCUCUCAGUGGUGUUUUCCGCAAUUGGAGGCUCAUCUAUGUCUGCUGCUGCUGCAUCCAUCGGCAGGAGUAAUUCGAUCUCGUCGAAGAGCCAUUGCCCCCGGCAGUGUAUGACAGAUAUUGUCACUGAGAUCCUGGAUUCCAUGGUGGCGCAUAACCCGUAUACCCUGCCAAUGGCAUCGUUCUAUGUAGCGACUGAAAAUUCACACCCGGCCGCGCUGGGUAUGAUGACUCUUUGGCGCACCGUCACCAAAGCAGGACCACCUAGCCUGCUAGCCAUCGACACCAAGAAGGGAUCGGCAUAUUUCGCCCUAGAUAUCAGUGAAGGCAACGAUAUCACAGAAUCAGUACUUCGGGGUCGAGUCAAGGUAGUCAACCGGCAGAUCACAGAACUGGAGCUGUUUAUCAACCGCUACCGUGGUGACCAUGGCUUUUCCUUCUCAGCCGCGGAACUUCCGACAAAUUAUGAGGUGUUGAUGUCGCCGCCAGCUAAUCGGACGAAGGCAAGCCGGGCAAGUUUGAUAGCCUUAAGUGAGGCCCUGUUCGCCACUUCCAGCAAUUUAUCCGUCAGUGUCGCAGACUCCUGCCAGUUCACUGAAGCGGGCUGGAAAGUCAUCGAUCCAGGGACGAACGGAAACGGUUCGACCACUCCGCUCGGCUGCUCCUGGCCCGAUGAUCAUCCCACAGACACAAACGCACGAGUGGGUCUGGUCGUCGAUGAGGAGUUAGGCUUCGUUGUGACUAGCGGCGUGAUUCCUGGUAAAGUCUUCGGCUACGGGAAUAUCUCUGCCUUCAUUCCGAAUUCCAUGACUUCGGCACAGGAAGCACAGGAAGAGUGGUUGGAGGAGAUGAAAGUCUUGGACAUCAUGCCGCUGCUCACGCCUACUGGAGCUACUGGUGACACUCUUGAAGUACUCCAGUACUACAACGACGAGCUCCAGGCCAUGCAGAUCAAUGUCUACUUGAGCGGACCGAAUAUGACAUCUCCCUGGCUUUAG